AUGGGUUCUGGGUUCUCUCUCUUUCAGAAUGAUUCAUCUUCUUCUUCGUCUUGUUACGGGAAUCGAGAUCUAUUGAAUCCUGGUUUAGGUGAUUUACCAGAAAGUUGUGUAGCUUCGAUUCUAGAGAAUUUGGAUCCAGUUGAGAUCUGUAGAUUCUCGAAGCUAAACAGAGCUUUUCGUGGUGCGUCUUGGGCAGAUUUCGUUUGGGAAUCGAAACUUCCUCCAGAUUAUAGAUUGAUUCUCGAGAAAAUCCUUGGUGGUUUCCCGGAAAAGCUACGCAAAAGAGAUAUCUAUACUUUUCUCUCUCGUGUUAAUUCAUUCGACCAAGGAACAAAGAAAGCUUGGGUUGAUAAACGAACUAGUGAUCUUUGUUUAUGCAUAUCGGCGAAAGGAUUAUCGAUUACAGGGAUUGAUGAUCGGAGAUACUGGAGUCAUAUUCCUACUGAUGAAUCUCGAUUUUCUUCAGUAGCAUAUGUUCAGCAAAUCUGGUGGUUUGAAGUCGAUGGAGAAAUCGAUUUCCCAUUUCCAGCUGGAACUUACAGUGUGUUCUUCAGGCUUCAGUUAGGCAAACCGGACAAGCGGUUUGGUUGGAAGGUUUGCAACACUGAACAGGUUCACGGUUGGGAUAUAAAACCGGUUCGGUUUCAACUCUGGACUGAAGAUGGUCAACAUUCUUCAUCUCAAUGUAUGUUAACCGAAACAGGGAACUGGAGUCAUUACCAUGCUGGUGACUUUGUAGUCGGGAAAUCGAAAAGUUCGUCUACGAAGAUUAAGUUCUCGAUGACUCAAAUCGAUUGUACGCAUACCAAAGGUGGUUUAUGUUUAGAUUCGGUAGUUGUGUAUCCGAGCUCGUGUAAGGAUCGGUUAAGGCGGAUUUAA